AAAUCGCUGCAUCCCCGAACCUCAAUCGGGGCAUCUACCGCCUUCAACAUGGCCAGCAACACAACUCUGCAGACGUUUCGAUCCCUCACAUGCUCAAUUCGCUCAUCAUGUCGGCACACGCAACCUCUGCGACCAUUUUCCCACAGCACACAAGUCCUCGCUGCAGCUCCUCCCUUCGUUCGCAAGAAGCCUGAGUCAAAGAGUCUCGACCAGCUGCUCAGCAAUGUAGAUGACAACUUUAACAACGCUGGCACCAAUCCAUACCCCGGAAUAAUACCCGGCCAAAACAAACUCGACCCUUUCAAGAACCUCGCGUCGCGCGAAUGGGACGAAGACGACAAACACAAACUCCACGUUUACGCCACCAAGCACAACACACAUCUGUGUCUGACACAGCCAAACCGGAACCCACUGAUUUCGGUAUCUUGCGGGAACAUCGGCUUCAGGAAAGCGGGGCGCGGAACAUACGAUGCAGCCUAUCAAUUGGCAGCUUUCCUCAUGAACCGAAUCCAGGACAAGGGCUUGCUGCCGCAGAUUCAGAAGUUGGAGUUGGUGUACAGAGGGUUUGGCGCAGGCAGGGAGGCAGUCACAAAGGCGAUACUGGGCGCUGAGGGAAAGAGAAUACGGCCGCUGAUUGUGAAGCUGGCCGACUCGACGAGGUUGAAGUUUGGUGGCACAAGGAGCAAGAAGCCGAGGAGAUUGGGUUAGAGACUGCUUGUUAGUAUGUGGGAAUGGAAAUCAGACGAAGUGUACGAUGAUAGUAGGGUUCACCAGGCGUCAUGGGUAGCGGCUAUGAGCACUUGGGCAUGCAUCACAAGAGCAGUAUAUAGUGGCCAGGGCAAAUCAGACCAAUUCAAG